GGUUGCAAAUAUUAAACUUUUGUUGUAUAGGAAAAGUACGCGAAAUUCAUUGUAAAAUUUAAAUAGAUGAUCAAAUAACCGAUCCGAUAAUGGAAUCAGCGCAGGCAACAGCGCCGGCUGAGAUGGAAAAUCCGCCCAGCGUGGAAAAUGGUGAUUCUGGCCGGGAUUCUAACCACAUAGAGGAGAAAACAAAUGGAGACGUGGAUAUGAAAGCGGAUUCCAUUGAACAGCAGCUGGAAGAAGAAAGCGAUGUGAAAACUGAGUCUUAUGGGGAUCAGGUUGCUGACCAGGAUAAGGGCAAAAUAGAGCAGGAUCUCAAGGCAGCCGUACUGGAGCAAGUGCCAAUCGAAGAGGAAGAACUAAGUCUGCGAUUCAAGGAUCUGCAGGCCCAGGAAAAUGUGAAGGAACUGCAGCAAACCUCGUCGCAAUCUCUGCAGAACGACAUCCUAUCCCAUGUCCACUGCUUGGCCCAGCUUGAAGAGCAGCGCCGCAACUACGAGCAGCAGUUGGAGCAACUGCGUACGUCCAAUAUCCAGAAGGACAACAUGAUCACCCUCAUUCAGCGGGAGAACGCCAUUCUGGGCAAGGAGAAGCAGGCCUGCCGCAAGGAAAUGGAAAUGGCCAACAAGGAGAAGGAAGCCACCGUCAUUAAGUUCGCCAUGAAGGAGAAGCUACUUAUCGACGCCAAGAAGGAGAAGGAGGCGGUGGAGAAGCAGCUGGCCGAGACCAAAAAGGAAGUAAAGAAUGUGUCCACCAGAUUCCUGGCUGUAAGCGAAGAAAAGUCCCGCAUGACGUACAUCAUCGAUGAAAAGUGCAAUGAAGUCAGAAAAUAUCAAAGGGAGUGCGAAAAGUACAAAACUGAAAUGGGUCACUUGGAAUCCAAGCUCAAGUAUCACAUAAACAAACUGAACAUUGAAACAGAAGCCAAAGCGGUUGUAGAACGCAAACUGGAAGAGGAAAAGAAUGCUCCGAAUAAACUGGAGGAAAAGGCAAAUGAGAAACUGAAAAUGGAAUUUGAAGCCAACACAAUACUCUUGAAACACGAGAUUACCAGCAAGACUGAGGCUCUGGAUAAGCUCACCAAAGAGCAGCAAAAACUAAGCGAAGCAAACAAAGAACUGCAGAACCAGCUUCAGGAGAUCACCACGGAGCAUAACCAGCUCAUAGAGGAGUUUAAUCGUUUGCGAGAGCUGCACAAUUCCGUAGAAUGUUCGUACAGUGAUGAGCUACUUAACUCCGCUAAACUCAGGGGGCAAUUGGAGGAACUGCAGCUUCUGCGUACUCAGAACACAAUAAACGAAGAAAAACUGAUGGACCAACAGAAACGGACACAGAAACUGGAGGCUUUGGUCCAAGACAACGAAUCGGAGCUGGAGCAACUGAAAGUUAAAAAGCAGGAGCUACUCACUAUUAACAAGGAGAUGAGUGAACUAAUUGUGCAGCUGCAGAAUGAUAUUUGCCUGGCCGAAGCAAAGGCCCAGGGACUUGAUGCUGAGAACAAGUUACUGAAGCAGGAAAAGCUCACCUACGACACCAAGUAUAAUCAACUGGAGCAGCAACUAAGUUUGGAGGCAUCCGAGAAAAAUGAGGAGCGACUGCUGCUGGCCAAGCAUUUGUCCGAAAAGACGAAGAUGUACGAACUGACCAAGCAGAAGCUGGAGGAUGUUCAGGGUGACUUUGAGGCUACCCAGCACAAGCAUGCCACCGUGCUGAAAGAGCUUCACCGCGAGCUGAACAAGUACAAAAGAGGAAUUACGGAACCGAAGACACCAAUCAGCUACUGCAGCAACUGUCAGCAGGCAAUCAAUGGCUAUCCAACGGAGAAUUCUCAACAAAGGAGUCAUAGUCGCUCCAGUAGCCACGGCAGCAUGCACAGCGGCAGUCGGCGGGCCAGCGAGUCAUCCGAAUCGGAAACAGUGGCCAGUAGUGCCACCACCGUGCAACAGCCGCCACAGCAGCAAGAUCUCCAGGCGGUACCGUCCAAGAAAGUCCUCGUGGAGCGAAUACUGCGACUGCAGCAGGCCACGGCCCGCCAAACCGAACGCAUCGAGUUUCUGGAGAACCACACGGCCGCUCUGGUGGCCGAGGUGCAGAAGAAAUCCAAGGUGGUGCAGCACUACAUGCUCAGGGAUCAGACUGCCGGCGCAUUAACCACAUCGCGCAGCGAUCAGAACAAAAGCGAGUUGGUCAAGUACGGAAAUGGGAUCAUGGCAGCCAUCUAUGGUGGAUCCUCGAAGGCGGGAGGCGAGAAUAAGGCUAUGUCCCUCGAACUUUCUCUGGAGAUUAACAAGAAACUGCAAGCUGUGCUCGAGGAUACGCUCUUGAAGAAUAUAACGCUGAAAGAAAACCUCGAUGUGCUGGGACUCGAAGUGGACAAUCUCACGAGGAAAUUGCGCUCCCUGGAGGGCAGUUGCAAGUAAAUGCCAGUCUUCUUAUUCCAUAGUAUUCCAUUCCAGAGUCUAACCCGCGUGUAGAUAGUGUACAAAUCAAAUGUUCGUAUGUUUAAGUGUAUAAUAGAUGUAUUUAAUAUUUCAACAA